UCGGCACAUUCCUGCUGCACUGCUCUUUCUCUCAGCGGAAUGCGCACUGAACUGGUGGGUGGGUUUUACAGAGGGAGCAAAACAACUUGUGCUGCUUGCAAACAGUGACGAGAUCAACUAGCUUGAGUGCUCAGGUUUCGGUAGAGUGCCUUGGGGAUCGCUUUUACCCAUCGAAUUAGUUUUUCAUAAAAAAAAAAAAAAAAAAAAAAAGGAUUUCCAUUGAGACCUAAAACACCAUUUUAACCCUUUCUCCAGACUCUUCAAGUGUUGAAUAGCUCUCAUCUCCUGCAUUUUAUUACUCUCAAAGAGAGUGUCCGCCCGUUUGACUCUGUGAGUGCACAUUUAUUUCGUCCAGGACCUCAGACAUAAAAAUGGCAAAGGAUGGUAAGAAGAGCGAAUGGAAAGAGUCCAUCUGGAACCCAAGCACCCGUGAGUUCUGCGGGAGGACGGCUAGCAGUUGGGGUCUGAUCCUGUUGUUUUACCUGGCAUUCUACAUUUUCCUGGCUGGCUUAUUUUCUCUCACUAUGUAUGUAAUGCUGCAGACACUCGAUGACCACAAACCAACAUACCAGGACAGACUCACAACUCCAGGGAUGAUGAUCAGACCUAGAGGAGAGCAACUGGAGAUUUCUUACACUGUAGAGUACACAGAGACCUGGGAAAGAUAUGUCCAGGCACUCAAUAACUUUCUUUCACCCUACAAUGACUCAGUCCAGGUUCAGAAGAAUUAUGAUUGUAAACCUGAUCAGUACUUUAUCCAGGAGGAUAGUGGCAGUUUGAGAAACUUCCCCAAACGCUCUUGCCAGUUCAAACGCUCCAUCCUGGAUGAAUGCUCGGGUAAUACAGAUCGUUACUAUGGUUACAACAUGGGCCAGCCCUGCAUCAUUAUCAAGCUGAACCGAGUGAUCGGUCUGUUACCCAGUCAGGAUAGACAGGCUCCUUUCAUCACAUGUGGUGCUAAGAAAUACAAAGUUGGGAAAGAUGAGUGGGCUGAUGACACAGACAAACUCGGCCAACUGGAGUACUUUCCCCCCAAUGGAACCUUCAACCUCAUGUACUACCCAUUCUAUGGCAAGAAGGCCCAGGUAAACUACUCUCAGCCUCUAGUGGCCAUUAAGUUCCUCAACAUCACCAAGAAUGAGGACGUCAACGUGGAGUGCAAAAUCAGCGCUAACAACAUUCCUGGGGGCACUGAGCGAGACAAGUUUGCUGGACGCGUUUCCUUCAAACUGAGGAUCAACUCCAGGGAUUAACAAGAAGAAAGUGUGUUUCCUAAUUUUACACAGACAUGCACACACAUAUCCUCCCGAUCUAACAGAGUUUAUGACUAUGCGCAGAAGGCACAGCGAGACAUAGGCCAGACAUAGCAAUGUUCAGCCUAGACAGAACAAAGAAAAACGGUUCUGUAUUUUUCUGCAACAGUUUUCUUUUUUUUUUUUUGUACAUAAGUGUUUGUGUGUGUGUUUUUGCAUGUGUGAUUUGGGAUAUAAUUUAUUUUCUGAAAUACAAAGUUUAAUUGCAUGCUCAGCUAAGGGAGCUAUUUAUUAAAAAUACUAUCCUAAAUUAAAAUAAUAUUAAGAAUACAUUUAUAUAAUUUUUUUAAAUGGAGAACAAUUAAGUAUAUAAUACAGUUUAUCUGUAUAUCUUAAUUUAGGAUACGGAAUGAGUAAUUUUAAAAAUGAUUCCAUUUCAUUUCAGAGCAGCUGUCUGAGUUAAAGUGGUAUUUUACCAAAAAACUAAAAUUCUGUCAUCAUUUACUCACCUUCAUGUUGAUCGAAACCCACAUGACUUUCUUUCUUUUGUGAAACACAAAAGAGAUGUUGAGCAGAAUGUUAAGGAAUUACAGCCUCAGUCCCAAUUCUUUUUCAAUGCAUUUUUUUAAUACAGUGAAGGGAAGGGAGAGACUGUCAGUCCCUAAAAUUCUGCCUGACAUAUUUAUUUAUUUAUUUAUUUGCUUUAGGUUUGGAAUGACAUGAUGGUUAGUAAAUGAUGACAGAAAUUUCAUUUUUCAAGAAUCGUCCCUUUAAUGUGCUAGGUAUCUUGUGUGUUCGGAGCAUAUCUUAGUGCUGGGGAUUUUUUCGUUUUGUUUUGUUUGCAAGAGUGGGGUUGAAAUUAUGUGGCUUUAUUACUGAAGAGGAUAUUUUAUACCAACAUGUAGAUAAAACAGUGCAUGAUAAACAUAAGCUCUUCAACACACACACAAACACACAUAGAUGUGUAAACAUUUGGAGAGUCAGAUAAGCACCUGCACAAUGAUACAUUCACAAUCAUUCCAGCAUUUCUUUCAGACUGUUAUUAUAUGAUGAAUUGUAUCAAGCACAUGCUUCAUUUAUCAUGAGGAUGUCUAUUUAAGUUUGUUUAUGUGUAUAAAUAGGUCUUUUUUUUUUGUAUUUUUCUUUCUUUUUUUAAAUGUUUAGUCAUAUCUGUCUUACAUGGUAAAGGGUUAUGAUAUUUUACAUUAAUUUGCAUCGGCUGUGACAGCAGGCCUGGGUUCGGUUCUGCAAAAUGGGUAAAAAAAGUUUGUUUGGGAUGUGUGUGUGUGAGAAUAUGUGUGUGGACUCCGGCUUGUGCAUGUGUGGUUGGUUUGAUUUAAUUUAAUUUCUUGUUUCAUGUUAAACAUCUUUGUGCACAAUUUAUUUUCUGAGUACUUUUUGAUUUUGUUGUAAGUGACUCUAAGCAUAACCAUAGAAACAGAUAGUGAGAGCAGGAACAGGUUUAUGUUUCUGCUGAUAAGGGAGACAAAAGUGAUGUCACACCAGGCCUCACCCUGCAUGAGUCAAUAAAGUAAAAACAAUGUCACCCACUUCAUUUCUCUUCAUUUUUAUGUCAUCUCUGUCUUUUGUAUUUCCUUAAACACAUAACCUUCUUAACUGAGGACAUGCUCUCACCUUCAUGU